AUGGCGCAAAAUAGGCAUUGGUACAGCUCUUUCAUCUCAUGGCAACGCGACAGCAAAGCUAACUAUCUUCUCAGGGAACAAGACAAGGAGGCGACGGUCUACAUCGGCAACAUCGACGAGCGCGCAACAUCCGCCAUGGUAUACGAGAUCAUGCUUCAGAUGGGCCCCAUCCACAACAUCCACAUGCCUCGCGAUCGUGUUACCCAGACACAUCAGGGCUUCGGCUUCGUCGAGUUUCGCACACCCACAGACGCUGAAUAUGCCGCCAAUGUCAUGAACGGCAUCAAACUGUAUGGAAAGAGCUUGCGCGUCAACAAGGCUAGCGCAGACAAGCAGCGUGCCGCCGAGGUUGGCGCCGAGCUAUUCAUCGGAAACCUCGAUCCCAUGGUUGACGAGAAGAUCCUCUACGACACCUUCAGUCGCUUCGGUCCACUACUCAGUGCGCCAAAGGUCGCAAGGGAGGAGUCUGGUGCGAGCAAGGGUUUUGGUUUUAUCAGCUUUGCCGACUUUGAGAGCAGCGAUGCUGCGAUCGCGAACUUGCAUGGACAGUACAUCUUAAGUAAGGAGGUUUCGGUCCAGUAUGCUUUCAAGAAGGACGGAAAGGGAGAGAGACAUGGUGACGAGGCUGAACGCGAGCUUGCUGCUCAAGCAAAGAAACGGAACAUCGUCCCAGAAGCACAGCCUGUGCCCCAGGCGUUUCUACAACCACCGCCUGUUGCAGCUGCGCCUCCAGCAGGUUUCGACCCUUCACUUAUGGGAAGAAUGCCCCCCGUCGGCGCACCUCCACAGGGUAUUCCCGGUGGAUUUGCACCUCCCGGCCGAGGUCCGUCGCCAUACAAUGCCGGAGUUCCGCCCUCCGGAGCUCCUCCAAGAGGCUCCGUUCCUUUACCACCAGCUCCCUCAGGGUUGCCUGCGCGACCUCCACAAUCACAGGCUGGAUACACAAACCCAGCCGAUUUCCACCCAGGCAGUUUCAGACCACCCUCUGGGUCUCCGGCGCAGGGCUUCCCAGUUGCUCCUCCGCCCGGAUUCCCUGCUCCCCCUCAAGGAGCCCCCGGUGCUGCUGGUGCUCCCCCCCCUGGGUUUAUGCCCCCUCCAGGCUUCCAACCACCCCCUGGAUUCCGUCGGUGA